GGUGGUACUUUCAUGGGAGUACUUAGUGGUGCUUUGGCAGGUCGGGCAUCUGACACUGGCAUUGUUCGAGGUGCUGCGCUAGGAGCAAUUGUGGGAGCUGUUCUUGCUAUUGAGGUUCUGGAGGCUUACCAUGCUUACCGGCGUGCAGAUCAGUCAAGAUCUCAAAGCACAUAUGAUGCUAGACGACUCAGGACAGAUUUUGUAGAGGAGCUCUUUUAUGAUAGAUUUGUACCACAUCAAUUUUCCUCGGCUAGGCCAAUGGCUUACCAUUGGCAGGUACGUGAUAUCUCUGGCGAAGUUGCAUCAAAGGGCUUAUCAGGGGAUCUGUUAAUAAAGCUUCCAUCUUAUGUGAUACCUCACAAUGAAAGAGAUGGCCAUGGAGAGAGCAUCUGUUGCACCAUUUGUCUACAGGAUAUCGUGGGAGGGGAGACUGUAAGGAAAUUGCCUCCAUGCUUUCAUACAUUUCACCUCUUGUGUGUGGAUAAAUGGCUCGCUGCACAUAGCUCUUGCCCUUUGUGCAGGCAAUGUCUAGCUUUAACUACCAGUGACUGAAGAAACAUACAGAUGCAAUGUUCCAUGGUUUGCAUUACUCUUUGUAUGAUAGUGUAAAAAUGCUGUAAAUAUGUUCAUCCCAUCAAUUUUGCUCCAUCUUUUUUAAGUUUAGGGUUUAGCGUUUGCGAUGGUCUGCAACUGAAAAAUCUUCUGAAUUGAAGUUAGUGGAGCUAUUGUAUGGAUGGAUGAAUUAUUCUGUGUGGACGUCGAAUGCUGUUUGGAGACUAAUCAGAAUGUGUCCCGUCACCCCUACGCUCGGUAUUGUUUGGUACCGCGGCUCGGUAUUACUGAUGUGGCGUAUACUGGUUGGUCUCUGGAUGACGUUUUACAUCCGGUCUCUGCACACAAUAAUUUAUUGUAUGGAUGAGUGAUGAGUGCUUAUAGUUUGCUUUCUUAUAGGUUAUCAAUUGUAAAAUUUAUUUGAUGGGCAAGCUAUUUGAACUGGUUAACUAUUUGUUUUUCACCUCAAAGUCUGUAUGUAAUGUUUAUUUGUGGCGACAAAUAAAAUUGAAGAGAUGGUUAUUACA